AUUCAAGCUGAAUAGUCUCUCGCAUUAGGAGAUAGAAUUCAAAUUCAGAACAGGGUUUGUAUUUUUACCAGUUCUGUUAUCAGUUGGGUUUAGUUUUUUCUUCUAUCUAUUGGUUGAGUCUUCUCGUUGACUUCUCAUUGACCUCUGUUUCUGAUUUCCAUCCUCUUUCUCUUUGGAAAAAACCAUAUACUUUUUCAUUUUCUGCUUGUUUUUUAAUUCCACUCUCUCUCUUUCUCUGGAAAAAAACAUAUGCUUUCCCAUUGUCCUGCUUGCUUUUGAAUUCCAUUCUCUCUCUCUCUCUGGGAAUAGACCAUAUACUUUUUCUAUUGAUCGGCUGGAAAAUACAUAUUCUUGCUUAGGUGUGCAACAAGCAAGAUGACCGGAGAGUUUACCGGCGAAGGAGAGGACUGCAUGGCAAUGCUCCAGAGUUUAGGCCGCAAAGAGAUUUUAAAGGUUUUAUCUGAAGGGUUUUGUCAGCACUGUGAGGCUGUUUUGCAGACUCGUGUACAGAGCCUUAUCAAUGGAAAACUUAGUAAAAUGUCGAUGUCAAACCGCAACAGUGCAAAAACUUUCUCCAAAUUCAGGUCUACACAUUCAUCUACGAUUAACAACCCUUCAUGGGGCUCCACACGAACCCCGAAAUCUGUUUACUUAGGUAAGCGGAAAGGAUUUGUUGAUAGUUCAUCACCUGGCUCAGUAAACAGCAAAAAGUCAUCGAUCAGUCGCUCAGGUGGUGACCUAUCUCUUAAUGGUGGAGGUAUAGCAGAGGAAGAGGAGCAAAGCAGGUUUUCACAAGUUGAGAGGAACAAGGAUUUUAUUAAUCUUGAGCGGAUCAACGGGAAGUUUGAAAAUGUGCUUAAAGGACUUGAGCUUCACACUCGAGUUUUUGACACUGAGGAGCAGAAGAAGAUCGUUGAGUUUGUUUACGAUUUACAGCAUAGGGGGCAAAAGGGGUGGCUUAGAGCACGGACAUAUUCUGAACCAAGGAAGUGGAUGCGCGGUAAAGGGCGCGUCACUAUACAGUUUGGAUGCUGUUACAAUUAUGCAGUGGACAAAAAUGGGAAUCCUCCAGGCAUCAUCAGAAAUGAACAAGUUAACCCCCUCCCUCCUUUGUUCAUGCAAAUGAUCAAGAGGAUGAUCAGGUGGCAUGUUCUACCUCCAACAUGUGUCCCUGACAGUUGCAUAGUAAAAAUAUAUGAUGAAGGCGAUUGCAUUCCUCCUCACAUUGACCAUCAUGACUUCCUUCGACCAUUCUGCACUGUGUCAUUCUUAAGUGAGUGCAACAUACUUUUUGGAACUGAUCUGAAGAUUGUUAGUCCAGGGGAAUUUGCAGGUCCUCUCCCUAUAUGUUUGCCGGUUGGAUCAGUGCUCGUUCUAAAAGGUAAUGGUGCUGAUGUAGCUAAACAUUGUGUGCCUGGUGUCCCCAGAAAAAGGAUUUCCGUCACCUUUCGGAAAAUGGAUGAUAGCAAGCUACCAUUUAAGUAUCAACCUGACCCUGAGUUGCUAGGGAUAAGGCGUCUUGCCUAUUCUCCCUUGACCAGAUCACCCAACCAACAUAAUCAACAUGAUAGAAACACUGACACCCGUAAGGAAUCUUUCUUUGUUGCACAUAAUAGUUAUGGGUCAUUUUCUCAUCGAGGAAGAUGAUUUUCCUCCUUUCAAGAGCUUCAACUCUAGUGGAUGGCACAAAGGCUCUUAUUGAAGUUCUACAAAAGCUUGAAUCGGUUUCAUGUUGUGGAAUUUUGCAGUUAUUAAGUAUAGGUGUAGAUUGAAAUUGUCUUUGUAUCCUGAGAUCCGAUCAACCAAUGUACAUAUUUGCAUAGGAUUUAUAUGUAAGGGUGAAUUGUAUUUUGUACCCUCAAAGAUUUUAAGAUUUUCAUUUUAUACUCUUAAAGAUUAAAUUUUUCAUAUUGUAC